CCAGUCUAACACUUCAUGAGCACUAGUACAUUUACUGAGUACACGGUGGUGGAUGAAACUUCCGUUGCUAAGAUCAAUGAUGCAGCUCAUUCUGAGAAAGUCUGUUGAAUUGGAUGUGGAUUUUCCACUGGAUAUGGGACUGCUAUUAAAACUGGCAAGGUCACCCGUGGUUCGACUUGUGUGGCCUUUGGCCUGGGAAGAGUUGGCCUUUUGGUCAUCAUGGGCUGUAAGUCAGCUGGUGCAUCCAGGAUCAUUGGGAUUGACCUCAACAAAGACAAAUUUGAAAAGGCCAUGGCUGUCAGAGCCACUGAGUGCAUCAGCCCCAAGGACUCCACCAAGCCCAUCAGUGAGGUGCUGUCAGAAAUGACAGGCGACACUGUGGGCUACAGUUUUGAAGUUACUGGGCAUCUUGAACCUAUGAUCGAUGCCCUUGCAUCCUGCAACAUGAACUAUGGGGUCAGCGUGGUGGUAGAGGCUCCUAUAUCAGCCAAGAUGCUCACCUAUGACCCAAGGCUGCUCUUCCGUGGACGCACAUGGAAAGGAUGCAUUUUUGGAGGUUGGGAAAGCAGAGAUGAUGUUCCAAAACUAGUGAGUGAUUUCCUGGAAAAGAAAUUUGACCUGGACCAAUUGAUAACCCAUGUUUUCCCUUUUAAACAAAUCAAUGAAGGCUUUGAACUGCUCUACUCACAUCAAAGGUUAUCUGUUUUUUAUGGUUCUCUUGUCUCCUCCCCAUAGGUCACUUUUUAAAUUUAGUAUUUAUAAAUGCAUCUGUUUCCUUCAUAUUUUAUUUCUGAUUAUUUUAUGUAGCAAGAUUGAUAUAGCUGAUUACUUCUUCUUCAUAGACUUAUUAUGUCAUCGUCUUAUAUUAACCAAUUUUUAAAAAAACUUCUGGACUUCAUUAUUUUGUACUAGAUUGAUUUCAUCUUGGCUAUUUUUAUUUCAGCACAAAGCUGCUCACUUCUUCAAGUAAUGCCACAAAAUUUCCUUACUUUACAGUUUUCAAAGUGCUUUUUAAAAUGUGUUUUCUUCCGAUCCUUGAAGGUUAGGUUUUGUUUGCUUAUUUGUUUGUUUUUUAACUUUUGACCUCCUUCAUCUAUUUCUCCCACCCAGUACUCCUGCUUCUGGCAACCACCAAUCUGUUCUCUGUAUCUGUGAAGUUGUUGCUUUAGAUUCCACAUACAAAUAAGAUCAUACAGUAUUUGUCAUUCUCUGACUGACUUAUUUCACUUAGCAUAAUGCCCUUGAGGUCCAUCCAUGUUGUUGCAAAUGGCAAAAUUUCAUUCAUUUUAUGGCUAAAUAUUCCAUUAUACACACACACACACACACACACACACACACACACCCCACAUUUUCUUUAUUCAUUCAUUCAUCCAUGGACACAGGUUGUUUCCAUAUCUUGGCUAUUGUAAACAGUGCUGCAGUGAGCAUGGGGGUGCAUAUAUCUUUUCAAGUUAGUGUUUUUGGGUUCUUCAGAUAAAUACCCAGAAGUGGAAUUGCUGGGCCACAGAGUAGCUCUAUUUUAAUUUUUUUGAGAAACCUCCAUACUAUUUUCUAUAGUGGCUGCACCAAUUUACAUUCCCACCAACAGUGCAUGAGGAUUCCCUUUAUCCACAUCCUCGCCAACACAUGUUAUUUAUCUUCUUGAUGGCAGCCCUCCUAACAGGUGUGAAGUGAUAUCUCAUUGUGUUUUGAUUUGCAUUUCCCUGAUGAUUAAUGAUGUUGAGCAUCUUUUCAUGUGUCUCUUGGCCAUUUGGACGUCUUCUUUGGAAAAAUGUCUAUUCCGACAUACACCUUUACUUAGUCAAGCAAUAUUAAUAGCUUAAUAUGGUCACUUUGAAAAAUAGUUACUAGCUAUUAUCCAAAGAAACAUAAAUUCUACUCUUAGGAAUUUUGUUUCAAAUAUUACCUUAAGGCAGUGGCUUCUAAAUUGACAUUUAUAAACCUAAGCUCUUCAAUUUCCAUCGACUUCCACACAGCUCCACUCGAAUGUCCCACUUGCAUCAACUUCACUCAAAAUAAUGCUUCCACCAAUACAUCUUAUCUCAGCAAAUAAUGCCACUUAUUCUGCUUUUACAGACUAGAAGCCAGAGCAUCACGUUUGACUCCUUCUUCACUCUUGCUUACAACAUGCAAACUGAUGCUAAGCUCUGAUAGUGCACGGUCCAGUUUUUCCUCCAGGAUCCUCCCUCUCAUUGCCCAUGAUUGUUACCUUAGUUCAGUCCAGUAAUCUCUCACCUGGACAUGUUAACACAGUAGCACGAUAAUAUGUCUCCUGCCUUCCGUAUUUUACCAUAUUAGCCAGGCUUCACUAAGCUGCUAAAACUCAAGUGGCCCCCAAAUAUCAAUGCCUUAGCAUGGUUUUGAAAGCCUUUACUAUUGGACCACAACCUACUUUAUUAGUAUACCCAGUUAUUCAACAACUGAGAAUUUAGCACCCACUCUAUCACAGCCUGUGUGCUAGGCUCUGGGGAUAAAGUAAGGGAGCAGGGCUCACCUACUUUUCUCCUUGGCACCCAGAAGUCUAAGCACACUGGACUAUCCUUCCUAUUCACACCUUCCUAGCAUAUUCAUGCUUUCCCUUCAGCAAGGAAACCCCUUUCCUCUUGUCAGCCUUUGCAAUUGUACAGAUGCUUCAAGAAUCAGCUCAGAUACCCAUAUUCAUAUACUCAUAUACCGAUUCAUUUUCUUUCUGGUUGGGAUCUCAGGCCCAGAAGGAUUUCCAGUAACAGAAUUUACCUCAAGUUUCCUAAACGAGGCAGAAAGGACAAUUGCAUAAAAUGUUCUUGUUUGGAACGUAUGGAAACAAAUCACUAAAAACCAUCAUUUUACACUUCAGCAUUCGAACUGUCCUGACAUUUUGAGAUUCUAAGUUACAGAAGGUCUGUGUCACGUGAUGGUGACCUGGGCUUCCCUUUUCACAUUUCCUCUGCUGUGACCAUGGAUCUGUUUCAUAAAUACAAGCAGAAGUACAAGAUUUGAUGAAGAUAUAUAAUCUUUAUGAAAUAAAGAUUUAGUGUCUUAUGAGGACCUGGGAAUCAGCAGGGCGUUUAGGUCAACAAUAUUAAAAUUUUUAAUUUACAUGUUCUAAAGCCAUAAUUAUAUAUUUUGAGAUAUAUAUGUGCGUAUACAAACACCCACACACAAACACACACUUGGAUUUUUACGUUGGAAUAGAGAUUUUUAAAAAAGACUUUUACCCAGCUGCCACCACUUAGAGCAGAUUUAGCAUAUAAAGAUAUGGUAUGUGUAUUUCCUACAGUAAUAGUAAUUUUAUGGAUAGUCUUUAACACAUUGUAACCUUUCUUUUUGGAUGUAAAUGUAAAUAUUUUUAAAAAGCACUUGUUACAAAUUAACUUGAAGUAGGUUUUGAAAUCAGCUUAUUGCAUGGUGCAAGUUACUUGAUUAGUUUAGAAAAGAAAUAGUGAAAUAUAAGGGAGGGGCACACUUUAAAUGAUUAACUUUAAGAAUCAUUUUAUAACUAGAUGAAACUGAAAAGCAUCCUAUAAGGGGUCAUGAGGCUAUUUGCCAGCAUACAUUAACAUUUCAGAAAAUGUCUUUUUGCAAUACUACUUAAAUAUAAAAGUGCAGCUAGAAUCAUACUGUAAUAUAUAUACUAAUGUUCAGUUCAAUAAAGUAGAAUUAUAAAUCCCUAAGUCCCACUUUACUUAGUAAUGACUCAUUUAACCAAAAAAUGUUUUCAAUUUGGU